UCGAGUUUAUACGCAUCCCUCCCACCCGCCCUACCUUCCUCCGCUUCCUCCCACCCUGAACCCACACCUCAACUGCAAUUUUCAAACCCCCCCUUUGGCAAUCUGUUCAUUUGAACAGCAGCCAUGACAUCGCGAAAGAUACAACAAGAGAUCGAUAAGACCUUUAAGAAGGUCGCCGAAGGCAUUCAAUCGUUCGAGGGCAUCUACGAGAAGAUCCGCUCCACGUCGAAUCCGACGCAACGGGAUAAGCUCGAGGAGAACCUGAAACGGGAGAUCAAGAAGCUCCAACGGUAUCGCGACCAGAUCAAAUCAUGGGCUUCGGGUAAUGAGGUCAAAGACAAGGGACCGCUGCUAGAGCAGCGUCGAGCCAUCGAAACUUGUAUGGAGCAGUUCAAAGCGGUAGAAAAGGAGAUGAAGACGAAAGCAUACUCGAAAGAGGGACUUUCGGCCGCAUCGAGACUCGAUCCAAGGGAAAAAGAGAAGGUGGAAACAUGUGACUUUUUAUCGAAUAUGGUCGACGAGUUACAACAGAAGAUCGAAGCCAUGGAAGCCGAAGAAGAGACACUGCACAUGCAGGUGAAGAAGGGCAAGAAGGACGUCGCCAGGACGAACCGGUUAGCAGAUCUUACGCGGAUAACAGAACGACAUAAGUGGCAUGUCAAUAAGCUAGAACUCUUGCUACGAUCACUGCAGAAUGGCAACGUCGAGACGAACCAAGUGUUGGACUUGAAGGAGAGUAUAAAGUACUAUGUGGAGGAUGGGCACAAUGUGGACUAUUCUGGCGAAGAUGAGACUCUCUAUGAUGACCUGAACCUGGAUGGUGAGACUGAAGCUCAGUUCGGCAUGACUGGCGACAACGACAAAGUAUCAUCACAGGAUACACAAUCCGUCCAAGAGGACGAUACGGACUCGAGGCCAAAAUCCAUCAAGAGUGAAUCGACGGCGCCUCGAAGACCCUCGGCUCAGAUGAAAUCCCCACUGCCAGUGCUUGCGACACUACAUCCGUCAACGUCCACCAGUGGCACGUCGGGGAUGAAGCCUGCGCCACCACCGACCCGUCUACCUGGUGAGACUCUCAAAUAUGCAUCCGCUGCCGCGGCGGCAGCUGCCAGCGAUAAGAACGGUGUUGGCAUCGCUCCCCUCCCCCCACCACCAGGCGCCAGUCCAGCAUUCCCCGCCGCCAGCUUGGCCUCGAGGCCGUCGUCGACUGCUUCGCCUGUCGUUGCAUCGGUACAACCUAUCUCUAGGCCAACACCGACAACGACGACGACCAGCGCUUCGGAAGAGCGGUCCAAGACCCCCGCGCUCAGCCCCAGUGUCGCAGCCGCGAGUGCAUCGAAUACGGUGCAGUCGACACCUGCAACAAACAAGGCGGAGAGCUCAGCCACCAAAGAACCCCAACCAACGGUAAAUGGUGAAGCGAGCACAGAAGAGUCGCACGACGAGGAAUCGCUAUACCAUUUACCUCCGGGGCUGCAAGAUCUGAUUCAUUCCUUCGAGGUGACCAAGAGCCGAACAGCACAACAAAGUUCCACAAACCCCCCGUCGGUUCAACGGCUCCUCGCCGCCUCCAUCAGCACCUGCCCCGAACCGGCCGAUGCAGAGAAGCCACGUCAUUAUAAGCCUCAGAACCCAUACAAUACCCCUCUUUAUUACCCUCAAGAGCCCCUAGCUAUCUUCGACGACCCCCGGUUAUAUGAAGGCGGACGGAUCGAUACGGAUACGCUGUUCUAUCUGUUUUAUUACCGACAGGGCACGUAUCAGCAGUUCUUGGCGGCCAAAGCGCUCAAGAGCCAAAGUUGGCGAUUCCACAAGCAGUACCAAACCUGGUUCCAACGACACGAGGAGCCCAAGACCAUCACGGAGGAAUUCGAACAAGGGACGUAUCGGUUCUUUGAUUACGAGAGUACAUGGAUGAACCGACGCAAGGCCGAUUUCAAGUUUGUCUACAAGUAUCUGGAAGACGAACUAUAGUUCGGGAGUACGCUCCUUUUUCUUCUCCAGUUGCAAUUUCUUUUUGAGUUCCGUGUAUGUAUGGUAGGCAUUUGGUCCAAUUAUCUGCGGUGUGGUCACUACUCUGGAAACGGGCAUUGAGUUUCAGAUCGUUCGGGUUGCCGACGGAUGGGAGUCUGUCAUUUCUUUUGACUU